AUGACAGCCCACACCCUCCGGAGAUCUCAUCCUUCUCUUCGGGCUCGAGCAUCGAUUGCAAUGAUUCGAUAGAUAGGAAUGUCAGGGGCCAACGGGGGGAAGCGCCAUGUGUAAAUGCAGCGCGUCGUGACGCUACAGUUACUACACCAAGAAACCGUGGGGACGAGCAAACACUUGCACCGCUAAGGGAAAUCUCCAGCGGGCAUUUUCUUCAUUACGCUCACACAUAUUUAUAUAUAAAAACGAAGAGAACGGCGAGAGAGAAUGGAGAAAUAGAGCGAGAGAUGAUGUGUGUCUUUGUGAGAGAGAGAGCGAGAGAUAAUGAGAGAGAGAGAGAGAGAGAGAGAGAGAGCUAGAUGUCAUCAGCCUGGGGGGCAUAGUCGUCGUCGAGGUCCUCGUCCUCGUUGGCGGCGGCGUCCUGGUACUGCUGGUACUCGGAGACGAGGUCGUUCAUGUUGCUCUCGGCCUCGGUGAACUCCAUCUCGUCCAUGCCCUCGGCGGUGUACCAGUGGAGGAAAGCCUUGCGGCGGAACAUGACAGUGAACUGCUCGGAGACCCGCCGGAACAUCUCCUGGAUGGAGGUAGAGUUGCCCAUGAAGGUGGAGGACAUGGCGAGCCCCGUCGGCGGGAUGUCGCAGACGCUGGAUUUCACGUUGUUGGGGAUCCAUUCCACGAAGUAGGAGGAGUUCUUGUUCUGCACGUUGAUCAGCUGCUCGUCCACCUCCUUGGUGCUCAUCUUCCCCCUGAACAUGGCGGAGGCCGUGAGGUACCUCCCAUGGCGGGGAUCGGCGGCGCACAUCAUGUUCUUGGCGUCCCACAUCUGCUGAGUCAACUCCGGGAUGGUGAGGGAGCGGUACUGCUGCGAGCCCCUCGCGGUCAACGGGGCGAACCCCACCAUGAAGAAGUGCAGCCGCGGGAAGGGGAUGAGGUUCACGGCGAGCUUCCGCAGGUCCGAGUUCAGCUGCCCCGGGAACCGCAGGCAGCAGGUCACCCCGCUCAUCGUCGUCGAUAUCAGGUGGUUCAGAUCCCCAACUGCUCAUUGUUACAAUCAACAUCAAAAGAAAUCCCCAAAAUCACUUUUUUUUUCUAAUUGUAUCUUCUUGAUAAGCAGAGAUUUAAGCUGGGUAUUUUGAUUUGAUAUGAGGAAGGGACUGUAGAGAGUGGGUUUUUUUGUUUUCUUUUUGGAAAAACGCAUUCAUUUCAAUCAACAUCAAACGAAAAUCAUUAAAACCUUCUUGGACAUGAACGAUUUGAUAUAAAAAUUCACAUCUAUUAUGGGAGCGAGCGUGAUAUCAUGUUUAAUCGUCGUCGGCAAAGAUGUGGAGAGAAGAGGGACGAGGAGCUUACAGCUGGGGUUGGUGAGCUUGAGAGUCCUGAAGCAGAUGUCGUAGAGGGCCUCAUUGUCGAGGACCAUGCACUCGUCGGCGUUCUCGACGAGCUGGUGGACGGAGAGGGUGGCGUUGUAAGGCUCCACCACCGUGUCUGAGACCUUGGGCGAGGGGAACACCGAGAAGGUCAACAUCAUCCUGUCCGGGUACUCCUCGCGGAUCUUCGAUAUCAGCAGUGUCCCCAUCCCCGACCCCGUCCCUCCCCCAAGCGAAUGGCAGAUCUGGAAACCUGCCCACAUCCAAACAGGCGGCGUCGGGUUUAGUCUCCACGGCGGCGGAUCUGCCGGCAAAACAGGCCGCGGGCGUCGGUUACUUACCUUGGAGGCAGUCGCAGUUCUCGGCCUCCUUGCGGACCACGUCGAGGACGGCAUCGAUGAGCUCAGCUCCCUCGGUGUAGUGGCCCUUUGCCCAGUUAUUCCCGGCGCCAUUUUGACCGAAAACGAAGUUAUCUGGGCGGAAGAUCUGGCCAUAGGGGCCUGUGCGGAGGCUAUCCAUGGUGCCGGGCUCGAGGUCAAGGAGCACAGCGCGGGGCACGUAGCGGCCUCCGCUGGCCUCGUUGUAGUAGACGUUGACCCUCUCCAGCUGCAGGUUGGACUUGCCGACGUACCUGCCGGUGGCGUCGAUGCCGUGCUCAUCGCAGACCACCUCCCAGAACUUGCCGCCGAUCUGGUUGCCGCAUUGGCCGGCCUGUACGUGAAGGAUCUCCCUCAUCGUUUCCUGUUUCUCGAGUGUUUUUUCUGA